AUGGUAGCCACCGCUUGUCAGGGCUCCUUAGCAACGAACAACUCUAGCUUGGGGACUUGUCGAUGUGUCGUUUCCUUCCUACCCAUCAGCACCAACGAUGAGUUCGAUAUAGACGAGGACCUCAUGGAAGUAGAGACCAUUGGGUUCGACAGGAUCUCUCAGUUUCACUUCUAUGAGGUCUGUCGCUCGGAUGACUUUUUGAGGAGCUUCCCCUUCUGCUUCAACCCCAAACUCUCUUUCCUGAAACCGCAGCACGUUGGCACGGCCGUGUUGCUGGAGCAGUUUGCUUUCGAGCACUCUCAGCGUGGUUUCAGCAGCCCACUGGCCGAAUAUCGCAUCAGAUUCUCCGGUAACCUUAGCUACGGCCUCUUCAACAUCUGUGACAUGACGGAGCGCAAGUACUGGUGGUUGGCGACCAAGAUGCGCGGCUGGAACAUCGACGGCUGCCCCGAAGACGUCAGGAGACUCAUGUUUGUUCACAUCAUCGCCACCCUGGGAUGCAGCCCCGUCGUGACGGAUGAAGACAUGGACUACCCCAAGAACUGGGCGGCAAUUCUCCACGGUAGAGACAGAUAUCCGAGUGAACCUGUGGGCCACCGGCCUCAUGGGCGCACCAUCUGCCUCCACUCGGUGGCCGUCUGCCCUCGUCUCCAGGGCUUGGGUCUCGGUACUGCGACUCUGAAGUCGUAUGUGCAGCGCAUGAACAGCCUCGGCGCCGCGGACCGUGUUGCUCUCGUUUGCCGCAAGCCCGAGACGAGAUUUUUUGAAAGAUGCGGCUUCAGGAACAGCGGCCGGAGUAGUAUCAAGACUCUGGUCGGCGAAUACUACAACAUGGUCUUCGAUUUGCCCGGGCCCAAAGACUUUAUCGACUGGAAUAGCAUUGCCGACGCUGCCAAGAAGAUGUGA